AUGCCUCCACCUCACUCUGGCAGGAAAAGCAACACCCAGCUGCAGGUGACGGUCGGGAACGUCAACCUUCCUCUGGGUCAGCUGUUUUCAUCCCAGCCCUACCACAGACUGAACGUGAAGAGCAUUCAUGGUGCUUCUCCUGCUGUUGUGUAUGAAGGUGUGUGGGAGACCGUCGUGGACGUUGGUUGCGACUUGUCGACCUUCUCUCUGGUGAGCGCUGAUGGCAACUUCACCCUCAUGCAACACAGCGACCUACUGCUCCACUGUUACAAGGAACUACCGACAAAGUGGCAUUGGUCUGGAAGUCCUUUCUUCACGAGCGUUUUCCUCUCUGGUGCAGUAGGAAUCCUUGUCUUCGUGAUUACAUCUUGCUUCUGCCACUUCAAGAUGAAACGAUCCAGUUUAUUAAAAAAUCAGCAGAAAACGGCGGAUAUCAGCAAAGUUACCAACACUAACAUCAGAGCAGAAGUGAAGUCAUCCCUGUACUUAGAGCCUCUUCCACCUCCCACAAUAAUGCCCCCAAAGUCCUGUUCUACUAGUGCCACGCCUGUAUAUGAAAACUUGGAAGAUCUCCCGAACAGUAUUUACGAUGAGAUUGAGUUACAUGGCUAUAGGCCCCAGGUCUCAGGACAUUCCUCUUGAAGGGACAAGGUAAAUCAUCUUGAGGCUUUACUUGGUAAUACUGAAAUGUGGCAAAUAAUCGUACAUUGAGACUAUAAGCAUUAAUAAGAAUUAAUAAGAAUAUUGUAGUGGCAUCAUGCAUGGAUAAGCACUUGUGUACACAAUAUGUUGUAGAAUCUAAAAAGCACGCUGAAGAAUGCCAUUCAAGAAUAAUGAAAAUAAUGAAGAAUAUUUUCUUUGAUUUGUGUUGAUUAUAAAUGAAUAUAAGACUAUGGCUGUUUUUUUUUUUCAAGAGUUCGAAUCCCGCAGUGUGAGUCACCUAAUCUUGGUAGGCGGUUCCACCUUCUUUAAUGGCUUGUCAGUCACUGGAGUGCUUAGUACCGAUGGGUUUGUGAAACUGAGCCAAGUGCUUUCCCUUUGUCACUGGUGGAUGGACAUUACCAGUAACGUUACCUUCUUUCUUCAUCUUAUCGUUCUUUACGUUUUCUGUGCGCCACGCCAUAUGACAACGAUCAUACGGCGCCUUCACAUCCUUUGUAUUCUUUGAUCAAUCUAUCAAUUCUAUUAUCAUUCAAUCAGUCACGAUUUCCAACUCUUUGAACCUUCCAUUAUCAAUAAAUAAUAUAGCCAUGUGUCUACAUAUCAUCACUGUCCAUCCCAAUAACCUUAUCACAAAGAUUGAAAUUACAUUUUUUUUUUACUUAACUUUUACUGAAUAUUACAUUUUCAUUCUUACCACAGUUAACUUUUACCUACCAGCUACAACAAUGCCCAUGAAGAACUGCUAGCACCUGGUUAUGUUCGCCUCUCUGUCACAUAGUACCAUUGUGUGUGUCAUAUAUAGAUCACAAUAAACGCAAAUAAUCAUUCAGAUUGUUACCGAAAUCUAGAUCAUAACAAUCGUAUUCAUUGAGAUUUUAUUUUAGUUCAUUAAUAU